CAAUGGCAUCAGUAAGGAAAUACACUACCAUUCUCAUAGUUACAACCCUUCUCAGUUUCGGGUUUCAAGCAUUGUCUGAUUCAGGGAUCGGAACCAUCAACGUCCCUCCAUACUUACCUUCAGCAUGCUAUGGGUUUGAAGAUAAGGGAGUUAUGAUAGCUGCUGCUAAUGAAGAUUUGUGGGAUGGUGGAGCUGUUUGCGGAAAGUAUUUCCAAGUGACUUGUACUGGGGGAACCAAUCUAGGUACCCCACACCCUUGUAAUGACAACCCAACAGUGACGGUAAUGAUCACCGACUUCUGCCCGCCUCCAGGUUGCCAGGGUAAUCUUGAUUUGGCUAACGAAGCGUUUUCUAUCAUUGCUGAUCCAGAUGCGGGAGGGAUUCAGAUUUCUUACCAACAGUUGUGAAGAAGAAUAAAUAUCAUAAACGCUACCUAUUAGAUACCCGUCUCAAGGGUGUCUAAUAAGCCUUAUACGUACUGUAAGUCAGAUGACGAACAGCAGAUCUAGCAGUUUCAAACUAGUAUUAAAUUUCAUAUUGGUGUUAAGUUUCUCUUUAAUGUCUUGUUUCAAUUCCUAUUAGGAAUGCAUUGUAAAAUUCUUGAUGUUGCUGUUAUAUUUUCAUCAUGAAAAUGAGUUCUUUAAA